UGCCAACUGAUGGGGGCAAAUGGGUAACGCCUCGGCUAAGAGCUGCAGGGUAAAACCCAAACGAACUAAAAGCAACGCCCCUGCUCCAGGUCCCCCUCGUCCGACGGAAUUCAACCAGCUCAAUGGGUGGCAGUGCACACGUCGGCCGAGUCCACACAUCGGCCAAGCACCACCACGGCUGGAUGACCGACCCCCUCGUCUUUGAGCAGUAGGAGGCUGCUCUUCGGCCAAACAAAAAAGAAAACAACAGCUUAAGCGGAGAAGAGGCAGUCCAUACGGCCAAGGAAAGCUAGUCGGAACCCCUCGCCUACAACGGCUCCAUCUCGGCCGGCACCCAUCGGUCGGCAUCGGAAAAACGCAUCAGCCGCGCACCGCGCCGGCCAAAAAGAGGGACAUCGCAUCGGCCUCUCACCCCAGCGGAAAAUAAGAGUCAUCUCGGCCGGACAGCACGCUUCGGCCGGCAGCACCUUCGGCCGGAAACAUCUUCGGCCGGCAACACCAUCGGCCGGCACAAUUUCGGCCACCGGCACACAACGGAUGAGACCACAUCGGCCAGACCAUAUCGGCAGCACGCUUCGGCCGGCAACGCUUCGGCCGGUAAUUCCUCGGCCAUGAGGGCCUCUCAGUCAAGCUCAAACGAAAAACUAAAGGAAAAGGAACAUGGCAGGUUACGACCACCACCAUCUUGGUCAAAAGUCCCCACCUGUUCGCCUCGUCCUUCUUGGGGCAGUGUGACCCUUCGGUCAGACACCACACUCGUCUCUAUCCUGAGAAGUGGCAGUCCAUCGGCUAGCAACGCUAUCGACCAGCUCCUCAUCGGCCGGCACCGCAUCGACGCACCGCAUCAGCCGGCUCAUCAUUGGCCGGCACAGCAUCGGCGGACCACAUCGGCCAAACAACGAGGAAAACAAACUGUCCCUUGGGCCUUGGUCAAACCCCAACAAAGAAGGAAAGAAAAGCUGGUGACAGCCCCUCGUCCAAUGACCGGCUGAGUAGCGAACCAUCGAGCACUUCGGCCAGGCAAUUGAGGGAGACACCACUGCGUCGGCCGCAGAGCACCAUCGGAUGCAACGCAUCGGCCCACCCAUCGGACAUUGGCAUCGCCUCGGCCACCGGCACCACCCAGCCGGACAGAGUCCUGCCCAACGAACUGCCGCGUCGCAUCAGGCAACCUCUUCGGAAAAGCAGGGCGGCCCGGCGGAGAGAACCUCGGUCCUCUUCGGCGGUCGCAGCAGGCGUCAAUCCCCAUGGCCUCUGGCGAAUAGGCCGCUUCGUCUUCUUCUCCGUAUUCAUCACAAGCGACGGACGAACCGUCUCCUUCUCUGUAUUCCUCGCAAGCGAGCUCGGCUGAAAUAAAAGGACGCUGGGCUAAACACUCAAAAUCAAAUCAGUUAGUGGGCCGGCUAUUUAAUGAAAGACUGGAUUAUCUAGAGCAGGCCCUAUCAGCUAUAUCUAUCUCCCUGCUUGAAUUCUAGGCAGGGCAGGCUUCGGCCCAAAUACAAGUAAGUCUCACAAACUUUUCCUCCUAUUUUAUGCAUUAAAUAUGGAGCAAAAUAGUUUUACCACUAUUCAAAAAAAAAAUAUAGUUUUACUAACUAUUCAAAAGAAAAACAAAAUAAUAAUAAUAAUUAUUAUUACUAUUAUUAUUAUCAUCACCGUUGCUAGCGGGUCAAAAUCUCCAAUUGGUACGGGCCAAGCCCUAACCUUCCGAACAUCUUUAUUUGAUGAUUCGGAUUAUAUUUGGGUCCCUUGACCUACCCCGGUCAUCUUUAUUUGAUGACCCGAAUAUCUAGAAUGAGAGCCAUCAUCGGCUGCACAUGACAUUAUGCCUAAAAGCGGUACGCCUCAUUCCCCUAGACGCUAAUUGCGUCAUCCAGAAGCCGUUGCAAUAAACAACGCACCCAAAGCCGUUGCAAUAAACAACGCACCUAAAGCCGUCGCAAUAAACGACGCACCCAAAGCCGUUGCAAUAAACAACGCACCUAAAGCCGUCGCAAUAAACGACGCACCCAAAGCCGUUGCAAUACACAACGCACCUAAGGCCGUUGCGAUCCACAACGCGCCUACAAAGCCGUUGCAAUAAACAACGCACCUAAAUAUCGUAUCGGCACAAGCGGUGAAACACCCAAAUCGGCCGGCGAUAUGCAGGACGAAGGACCUGUGUGCAUGGUCCAACGUCUUCAAACAGAGAAGCAUACCGCGUCGUCCGCGCGGAAACCGCAGGACGACAGGCCUGAAUUAAGGCUGAGGUUACAAAAACUCCACCCGUCAGUAAAAUUUCGCUUAGGACCACAAAGGGCGGCCGUCAAAAGACGAUGCCUAGUCCGGUCCCUCGUCGCCGAUAGACGUGGAAAGGCAAAAAGGGAUGCCACUGACACACCAAGCCGAGGGCGUAUUUACUCCCUCGCACUAACACACGCGAAAAGCGUAGCGGACAAAAUACCGCACAUGGACGAAGGGACAGUAACCCUUCGGCCAUCCAAAAAAAAAAAAAAAAAAAGAGGGAAGCCGACGGACCGCGCACUUACCGGCCUUGAGCAAUAAAAAUAAAUAAAUUCCCCAAACUUAUUAUUCAUCUCAAGACCGGCUUCUCAUUGCCAAGUGUCUUGAGUUGGCAAUCGGGCUCAUCAUCCCUUCCUGGAUGGUGACCGUCGCCUCUAUAUGACGAUCGGCUUCAUCAUCGCCUCGUCAUCAUUAUCCGGAUCGGCUCAUCAUCAUCGCCAUCCGCUCAUCACCACCGGCCCCCCGGCCUCGGCGUGAUGCUUUAUCUCAAGACCGGCCUCCUUAGCGCCAAGUGUCCUGAGCUAGCGACAGGGCUCAUCAUCCCUUCCUGGAUGGUGACCGUCGCCUCUAUAUGACGAUCGGCUUCAUCAUCGCCUCGUCAUCAUUAUCCGGAUCGGCUCAUCAUCAUCGCCAUCCGCACAUCACGACCGGCCUCCCAGCCUUGGCGUGAUUAUUUCUUCUCAGAGACCGGCUUAUCAUCGCCAAGUGUCCUGAGCUAGCGACAGGGCUCAUCAUCCCUUCCUGGAUGGUGACCGUCGCCUUUAUAUGACGAUCGGCUCAUCUCCGCCUCGUCAUCAUUAUUCGGAUUGGCUCAUCAUCAUCGCCAUCCGCACAUCACGACCGGCCUCCCAGCCUUGGCGUGAUUAUUUCUUCUUAGAGUCCGGCUUCUCAUCGCCAAGUGUCCUGAGCUAGCGACAGGGCUCAUCAUCCCUUCCUGGAUGGUGACCGUCGCCUUUAUAUGACGAUCGGCUCAUCUCUGCCUCGUCAUCAUUAUUCGGAUUGGCUCAUCAUCAUCGCCAUCCGCACAUCACGACCGGCCUCCCAGCCUUGGCGUGAUUAUUUCUCCUCAAGACCGGCUUCUCAUUGCCAAGUGUCUUGAGUUGGCAAUCGGGCUCACCGUCCCUUCCUGGAUGGCGACCGUUGCCUCUAUAUGACGAUCGGCCUUCACAUCGCCUCGUCAUCAUAUGUUGGACCGGCUCAUUAUCGCCGUCGUCCUUACAUCGCGUCCGGCCUCUCGGCUAAGGCGUGAUACCUUAUCUCAAGACCGGUCUUAGUCAUCCCUUCCCAGAUGGCGACCGUUGCUUGGAUCUUCGGAUCGGCUCAUCAUCAUCGCCAUCCGCACAUCACGAUCGGCCCCCCGGCCUCGACGUGAUGAUCUAACUCAAGACCGGCUCCCUUAGCGCCAAGUGUCUUGAGCUAGCGACUGGGCUCGCUAUUCCCUUCCGGGAUAGCAACCGUCGCCUCUACAUGACGAUCGGCUCAUCUCCGCCUCGUCAUCAUCAUUAUUCGGAUCGGCUCAUCAUCAUCGCCAUCCGCACAUCACGACCGGCCUCCCAGCCUUGGUGUGAUUAUUCCUUCUAAAGACCGGCUUCUCAUCGCCAAGCGUCUUGAGUUAGCAAUCGGGCUCGCCGUCCCUUCCUGGAUGGUGACUGUUGCCUCUACAUGACGAUCGGCCUUAUCAUGUCCUCGUCAUCAUAUCUCGGACAUGCUCCUCAGCAUCUUCGUCCUCACAUCACGAUCGGGCCCUUCGGCCACGACGUAAUGCUUUAUCUCAAGACCGGCUCCCUCAGCGCCGAGUGUCUUGAUCUAGCGAUUGGGCUUGCUAUUCCCUUCCGGGAUAGCAACCGUCGCCUCUACAUGGCGAUUGGCCUAUCAUUGCCUCGUCAUCAUACAUUGGACCGGCUUAUCAUAGUCGUCACCCUCGCAUCGCGGCCGGCCUCUCGGCCAAGGCGCGGUACCUUAUAUCAAGACUGGUCUUAGCCAUUCCUUUACUGGGUGGCGACCAUUGCAUGGAUUUUUGGGUCGGCCCCUCAGUGCCGAUCAUGGCAGGCCCUCGGCCUCGACGUGAUCAUAUUCCCCAAGACCGAUCUCAGUUAUUCCUUCAUCGGAUGGCGACCGUUGCUUGGACGUUUGGCUCGGCCUCAAAGUGCUGACGACCUCGCAUCACGAUCGGCCCCCCGGCCUCGACGUGAUGCCCUAUCUCAACACCGGCUUUGUCAGCGCCAAGUGUGUUGAGCUAGCGAUCGGGCUCCCCAUCCCUUCCUGGAUGGUGACCGUCGCCUCUACAUGACGACCGACUCAUCUCUGCCUCGUCGUCAUUAUUCGGAUCGGCUACCCAUUAUCGCCAUCCUCAUGUCACGACCGCCGCCCCGGCCUCGGCGUGAUGAUCUAUCUCAACACCGGCUUCAUCAGCGCCGAGUGUGUUGAGCUAGCGAUCAGGCUCGCCAUCCCUUCCUGGAUGGUGACUAUCGCCCCUACAUGGCGACCGGCUUAUCAUCGCCUCGUCAUUGUUAUUUUGGAUCGGCUCCUUAUCACGGCCGUCCUCACAUCACGAUCGGCCCCUAGGCCACGAUGUGAUGUCCUAUCUCUGAGACCGGCCUCUCAUUGCCGAAUGUCUUGGGUUAGCGAUCGGGCUCGCCAUCCCCUCCUGGAUGGCGACCGUUGCCUAUAUAUGAUGAUCGGCUCAGCAUUGCCUCGUCAUCGUAUCAUCAGACAGGCGUCCCACGCCCCGUCCUCAUGUUCAGACAGGCGUCCAACGCCUCGUCCGCAUAUAUUCAGACAGGCGCCCAACGCCUUGUCCCCACAUUCAGACAGGCGUCCAACGCCUCGUCCUCAUAUUCAGACAGGUGCCCAGCGCCUCAUCCUCAUAUUCAGACAGGCGUCCAACGCCUCGUUCUCAUGUUCGGAUCUAGCAAACAUCUUGCGGUCUCCGGCUCAGAGACUAAAGGAUCUCAGAUCUCAUCUAUAGGCCCCUCGGCCACAUCUUGCUCUAGCAUCUUUAUUUGAUGACGAAGGGCUCUCAUACAGGCCCAUCGGCCAUAUAUCUUGCUCCGUCAUCUUUAUUUGAUAACGAGAAGCUCAUCUAUAGGCCCCUCGGCCAUAUACCGCUCUGUCAUCUUUAUUUGAUGACGAAGAGCUCAUCUACAGGCCCAUCGGCCAUAUACCGCUCUGUCAUCUUUAUUUGAUGACGAGGAGCUCAUCUACAGGCCCAUCGGCCAUAUAUUAUUCUGUCAUCUUUAUUUGAUGACGAAGAGCUCAUCUACAGGCCCAUCGGCCAUAUAUUAUUCUGUCAUCUUUGUUUGAUGACGAAGAGCUCAUCUACAGGCCCAUCGGCCACAUAUCGUUCUGUCAUCUUUAUUUGAUGACGAGGAACUCAUCUAUAGGCCCCUGAGCCAUAUCUCGCCCCGUCGUCUUUAUUUGACGACGUGGAGCUCUUAUGCAGGCCCCUCGGCCAUACAUCGCCCCGUCGUCUUUAUUUGACGAUGUGGAGCUCUUAUCCAGGCCCCUCGGCCACACAUCGCCCCUUCGUCUUUAUUUGACGACGUGGAGCUCUCAUAUAUGCCUCUCGGCCACUACUCCGAGUCAUCUUUAUUUGAUGACGUGGAGCUCACAUCGGCCCACCGGCCUCAUAUUCUGGUCAUCUUUAUUUGAUGAACCAGACAUCAUAUUAUGGACGGUCGCUCGACCCAUCCCUUAGUCAUCUUUAUUUGAUGACUAGGACUACUGAUCAUGACGAGCUACCCACAUCUAUGGAUCGGCCUCUGCCAUCCCCUCGGCAGACGGACACCGCUGCAGCUCCACCUCUAGGCCGAAGGGCUCGCACCUUUUGUUUCGUUCUGGGGGCAUCCGAUGUACUCUUUUUCCCUCAUUAGGAUUUUUUCCCAUAGGGUUUUUCCUAAUGAGGUUUUUAACGAGGCAUCUCCCCAUUGUGGAUCAAAAGGUGUCAACCCUCGGCCCCCUGUUGCAGACAUCAUCAGACAUGCAUUACUCUACUCCUCUUCACCUUGUUACACUCGCCUCAAGGAGUGGGGGACUGGGAGAGCGGGGGGACUUAGCGCCUUCGCUACCAAAGAAGCAGAAAUUCAAAAUUUUUGCAAGGAUUGCCACACGCACCGACGACAUCAUCAUAUGACAUACAUAUUCAGUUGCCACAUCGGCCAGUACAUAUACAUAGCUCCCCGGCCUCAGGACCGGUGGUGAUGGUCUCUGGCCUGCGACCUUCGGCUGAGGAUUUUCCCAUAGGGUUGCCUCAGCCAGGGCUCACCAGUGGGAUCGGAUCAUCGGCUUGGGAAUCCGGGCGAGGCGCUUCGACGACGACAGCAGUUUACUCACCGGACGACGACAGAUCAGCACAGAGUUCUACUCUCUUUCGCCUCGAGUACUCUCGACUCAGAGAGUGGGGGACUCCUGAUAGAGUAUAUAGACUCGGACCCCCGGGUCUCACGACUAUUGGGCCCGGACAGCGGCCCACAUACGCUCAGUAGAUAGCAUUUAUCUCAUUGUACACUCUAUUUUAUUCAUGUAUAUCCAUUAGAAUAGAUUAGAUACCAUUUAUUAGCCAUUUAUUGGCCUUUUAUUGUAACUGGGCCAGCCAGGCCCAAGCCUGGAAGCCCAGCCCUCUUUUCUCCUAUAAAUACUCCCUAUGGGAGCCAUGUAAAG